GGCUCAUGUAAUCAAAGAAGUUUCUUUGUUGUGUGUAUCUUUUCAGAACACAACAGGAAUUGAAAAUGAAUCAGAACACUGAGCCUGUUGCAGCUGCUGAGAGCCUGGCUGAGGUACCUGAACAUGUGCUUCGAGGACUUCCAGAGGAAGUGAGGCUUUUCCCAUCUGCUGUUGACAAGACUCGGAUUGGUGUCUGGGCCACUAAACCAAUUUUAAAAGGCAAAAAGUUUGGGCCAUUUGUUGGUGAUAAGAAAAAAAGAUCUCAGGUUAAGAAUAAUGUGUACAUGUGGGAGGUAUAUUACCCAAAUUUGGGAUGGAUGUGCAUUGAUGCCACCGACCCAGAGAAGGGGAAUUGGCUGCGAUAUGUGAAUUGGGCUUGCUCAGGAGAAGAGCAGAAUUUAUUUCCGCUGGAAAUCAACAGGGCCAUUUACUAUAAAACUUUAAAGCCAAUCGCGCCGGGCGAGGAGCUCCUGGUCUGGUACAAUGGGGAAGACAACCCCGAGAUAGCAGCUGCGAUUGAGGAAGAGCGAGCCAGCGCCCGGAGCAAGCGGAGCUCCCCGAAAAGCAGGAAAGGGAAGAAAAAAUCCCAGGAAAGUAAAAACAAAGCAAACAAAACCGAAGACCUACAGCUGAAGACUAGCGAGCCAGAUUCUGCUUCUGCAAAUAUGAGAGAUUCUGCGGAAGGUCCCAAAGAAGAGGACGAGAAGGCGUCAGUCUCUGCAGUGGAGCAGACAGCCGUUCUUCAGGAGGCGGUCAGUCAGGAUGUGCCUCCGGAGCUCGUCGUCCCCCCCGCCGCCUGUGAGCCCCACACGGAACCAGACGAGAGGCCAGCAGCCACGAACUGUGAGGUGAAUGAUGUGGAGGAAGAGGAGGAAGAGGACGAGCUGGAGGAAGAGGACGAGCUGGAGGAAGAUGGGGAGGAAGAAGCUGACAUGCCAAAUGAAAGUUCUGUGAAAGAGCCAGAAAUACGAUGUGAUGAGAAGCUGGAAGAUUUACUAGAAGAACCAAAACAUGUGUCAAAAGAAACGCUUGCAGGCUCUCUGGAGGUUCCACCUGUUUCCAGAACUCCCAAAAUGAAAGAAGAGGCCAAUGGCGACAUCUUUGAGACGUUUCUGUUCCCGUGUCAGCACUGUGAGAGGAAGUUCACGACCAAGCAGGGGCUCGAGCGCCACACGCACAUCCACAUGUCCACAGUCAAUCAUGCUUUCAAGUGCAAGUACUGCGGGAAGGCAUUCGGCACGCAGAUCAACAGGAGGCGGCACGAGCGGCGCCACGAGGCGGGGCUGAAGCGCAAGCCUGGGCCCGCGCUGCAGCCGCCCGUCGACCCGGCAGACGGCAGAGCCCCCGGAGACCGCGCCGCCGCCGCGCAUGGCUCGCCGCCCUCCGGCCUCGGGCAGGACUCUCUGCUUUCGCAUUCAGAGAAGGCCCCCCUGGAAGCGGUCAGUUCUUCUGUUGUAGAGGAGAACGGGGACGUUAAACAGCUGCAUCCGUGCAAGUACUGUAAGAAGGUGUUCGGAACGCAUACGAAUAUGAGACGGCAUCAGCGUAGAGUGCACGAGCGCCAUCUGCUCCCCAAGGGCGUGCGGCGGAAAGGGGGCCUCCUGGAGGAGCCACGCCUGCCCGCGGAGCAGGCCCCGCCCGCCCAGAGUGUCUACGUGCCCAGCACGGAGCCAGAGGAGGACGGGGAGGCAGAGGACGUGUACAUCAUGGAUAUCUCCAGCAACAUCUCGGAAAACCUAAAGUUCUAUAUUGAUGGCAAAAUUCAGACCAGCAGCAGCACGAGUAACUGUGACGUCAUCGAGAUGGAGUCCAGCUCGGCCGACUUGUAUGGGAUCAAUUGUCUGCUUACUCCAGUUACGGUGGAGAUCACCCAAAAUGUAAAGACCACGCAGGCCGCCAUAGCAGAUGAUCUUCCUAAAGAGCCUUCCAGCGGCACGAACAGCGAGUCCAAGAAACGGAGAACCGCGAGUCCUCCCGCGCUACCUAAAAUCAAAGCGGAGACGGAGCCUGAGCCCUCGGUGCCCUCGUGUUCCUUACUGCCUCUCAGCAUAUCCACGUCAGAGGCAGUGUCUUUCCACAAAGAAAAAAGUGUGUACUUGUCAUCGAAGCUCAAACAACUCCUUCAGACCCAGGACAAGCUAACUCCUGCAGGCAUUUCAGCGACCGAAAUACCGAAGUUAGGGCCCGUUUGUGUGUCCGCUCCCGCGUCCAUGCUCCCCGUGACCUCGAGUCGGUUUAAGCGGCGGACCAGUUCUCCUCCCAGUUCCCCACAACACAGUCCUGCCCUUCGAGACUUUGGAAAGCAAAGCGAAGGCAAAGCAGCGUGGACUGAUGGAGUUCUAGGUUCCAAAAAGCCCAAAUUAGAAAGUCAUAGCAACUCACCCGCGUGGAGUUUAUCUGGGAGAGAGGAGAGAGAAGCCGUGAGCCCGCCAUGCUUUGACGAAUAUAAAGUAUCUAAGGAGUGGGCAGCCAGUUCUACUUUCAGCAAUGUGUGCAACCAGCAGCCACUGGAUUUAUCCAGCGGUGUCAAACAGAAGGCUGAGGGCACAGGCAAGACUCCGGUCCAGUGGGAAUCUGUAUUAGAUCUCAGUGUGCAUAAGAAGCCUUGUAGUGACUCUGAAGGCAAGGAGUUCAAAGAAAACCAUCUGGUACAGCCAGCCUGCAGUGCUGUAAAGAAAAAGAAACCAACUACCUGCAUGCUGCAGAAGGUUCUUCUCAAUGAGUACAAUGGCCUCGACUUACCUGUAGAGAGCACUGCAGAUGUGACCCGGAGCCCGAGUCCUUGUCAGUCCCUGGACCCCCAGCCAGACGCUGGCCUUGGCCCAGACUCCAGUUCAUCGGCCCCUGUGGCUGAGUCCCCACCCGAUGUCUCUCCUUCCUCGCCUGCCCUACAGACCUCUUCCCUUUCUUCUGGGCAAUUGCCUCCUCUCUUGAUCCCAACACACCCCUCUUCCCCCCCAGCCUGUCCUCCCGUGUUGACUGUUGCUACACCACCGCCUCCACUCCUUCCUACUGUCCCUCUUCCGGUCCCCUCUUCCGAGGCAUCUCCCUGUCUGUGUCCCUCUCCGCUCUCGAAUGCCACCGUGCAGUCCCCGCUUCCCAUUCUCUCCCCUACGGUGUCUCCGUCACCGUCUCCCAUCCCUUCCGUGGAGCCGCUCACGUCUGCUGCUUCGCCCGGACCCCCGACCCUUUCCUCGUCUUCUUCCUCGUCUUCUUCCUCGUCUUCUUCCUUCUCCUCUCCGUCUUCCUCCUCUUCCCCCUCGCCGCCACCGCUCUCAGCCGUCUCCUCUGUUGUUUCCUCUGGGGAUAAUCUGGAAGCUUCUCUGCCCAUGAUAACUUUCAAGCAGGAGGAACUAGAGAAUGAUGAUCUGAAACCCAGGGAAGAACUCCAGUCUGCAGUUGAACAGGAGAUUGUUCAGGAAACAUUCAACAAAAACUUCGUCUGCAAUGUCUGUGAAUCACCUUUUCUUUCCAUUAAAGAUCUAACCAAACAUUUAUCUGUCCAUGCUGAAGAAUGGCCCUUCAAAUGUGAAUUUUGUGUGCAGCUCUUUAAGGCUAAAACUGAUCUGUCAGAACAUCGCUUUUUGCUUCAUGGAGUUGGGAAUAUCUUUGUGUGUUCAGUUUGUAAAAAGGAAUUUGCUUUCUUGUGCAAUUUGCAGCAGCACCAGCGAGAUCUCCACCCAGACAAGGUGUGCACCCACCAUGAGUUUGAAAGUGGCACCCUGAGGCCCCAGAACUUCACCGAUCCCAGCAAGGCCCAUAGAGAGCAUAUGCAGAGUUUGCCAGAAGAUCCUUUAGAAGCGUCGAAAGAAGAAGAAGAGCUAAAUGAUUCCUCCGAAGAGCUUUACACAACCAUAAAAAUAAUGGCUUCUGGCAUAAAGACGAAAGACCCAGAUGUCCGACUGGGCCUCAAUCAGCAUUACCCGAGCUUUAAACCGCCCCCAUUUCAGUACCAUCACCGAAACCCCAUGGGCAUUGGCGUGACGGCCACAAAUUUCACGACACACAAUAUCCCACAGACGUUCACCACUGCCAUUCGCUGCACAAAGUGCGGGAAGGGUGUUGACAACAUGCCGGAGUUACACAAACACAUCCUGGCGUGUGCUUCUGCCAGUGACAAGAAGAGGUAUACCCCUAAGAAAAACCCAGUUCCCUUGAAACAGACUGUACAGCCCAAAAACGGUGUGGUGGUUCUAGAGAACUCCGGGAAGAACGCCUUCAGACGGAUGGGACAGCCCAAAAGACUGAACUUUAGCGUCGAGCUCAGCAAGAUGUCCUCGAACAAGCUCAAACUAAACGCGCUGAAGAAAAAAAACCAGCUUGUCCAGAAAGCAAUCCUUCAGAAGAACAAAUCUGCGAAGCAGAAGGCCGACUUGAACGCCGCCUGUGAGCCGGCCUCACACGUCUGCCCGCACUGCCGCAGGGAGUUCACGUACGUCGGGAGCCUCAACAAGCACGCCGCCUUCAGCUGUCCCAAAAAGCCGCGCUCUCCUGCCAGAAAAAACGUUGCCCACUCCUCCAAGAAAGGCGGGCACGCUUCCCCUGCAGGGAGCGACAAAAACAGCAGCGGCCACCGGCGGCGCACGGCGGACGCGGAGAUCAAGAUGCAAAGCAUGCAGGCUCCUCUGGGCAAGACCAGAGCGCGCAGCUCGGGCCCCGCUCCCGUGCCGCUGCCCUCCUCGUCCUUCAGGUCCAAGCAGAAUGUCAAAUUCGCGGCUUCGGUCAAGGCCAAAAAGCCAAGCUCCUCCUUAAGGAACUCGAGCCCAAUGAGAAUGGCGAGAAUAACUCACGUCGAGGGGAAAAAGCCCAAAGCGGUGGCCAAGAACCAUUCUGCCCAGCUCGCCAGCAAGACGCCCCGGGGCCUGCACGUGCGGGUUCAGAAGAGCAAGGCCGUCCUGCAGAGCAAAGCCGCUUUGGCCAGUAAGAAAAGAACAGACCGGUUCAAUGUAAAGUCUCGAGAACGGAGCGGGGGGCCGGUCACCCGAAGCCUCCAGCUGGCGGCCGCUGCCGACCCGGGGGACGGCAGGAGGGAGGACAGCGGUGGCAAGCAGGAGCUGAAGGACUUCAGACAUAGGACAAGAAACAGGCCAGAUUCUGAAGAAAGGAGAGGAGGGAGCGCUGAGAGCCUUGCAGUGGGGGCAGAGUCUGGCAGGUCCCUCGGACAGGUGUGGCAGCCCAGGGCAGGUCGGCCCCAUGUGUCAGCAGCGCCUUUGUUCCCCCAGUAAUGGCGGAAGACUUCAUCUUAGGUUGGAGGUGAUUUCACUGUUCUAUUCUGUGUCCUCCCUGUAUUAAGAACUGUUCUCAGUGACACAUUAAAAACACAGGGCAAUAGUUAAAUAUGUCAUACUGACUUUUCAGAUUUUCCAAGUUAACUCAAGUAACCCGAAUUGACGUUGUGUUUUUGGAAUCCCUGUUGCCUGGAUAAUGCCUCCAGGUGAAUCCUGUGUGAAAUAGUCAACAUCAGAUAGAAUUUCUGCAAAAUAUUUUAAAAUCUUGUCCUUUCAUAGUGAUGAGCUGCUCGGCUCUAGGCUUUCUUGGCUGUAACUUUCAGUGUCUGAAAACUCUCUGGUGUUUCAGGCAAACCAUUAGAAUGAGUUCUGGGGAGUGACUGCCAUUUUGGAGAGGUCACGAGGACUCAGGUGCUGUUAUCACUGCACAGUUGAUGAGUGGAGUUCUCGGUGCUGGUGUGCCUUAAGUCGUGGCUAAAGAAAGAUGUAGAGAAGGGUCAUUGGCCAAGGCUGAUUGGAAUGAUUUACCGUAGGAACGAAGAGUCACAUUUUUAAGAAGCGACUUUCGUGAGUGAACUAAGUAAUCCGUCACGGUAGUUCCAAUUCAGCAUCUGGUCUCUGGCCAUGGCAUAUGCAUUAAUAUAGCAUCUUGGAGCUUAGCCCUGGUGAAAAUGCACACCUAUGUAUCAGCUGUUCAAGCUGCCUGCCUGUGGCAGUUUAACUGUGUACCUGUUUGUACCCCGUCUGUGUUCUGGAAGUUCCACAACAACAGGAUGUUCUUGAACCGAGUCCUUUUCAAGGUUAAAGAACCAGAAAAUGCCAUUAUUUUCACUGACUGUACUAAAAAACAUCUCCCGGGUGGUUGAUGCUUUAGAAUGUACUGUGUGCAUCCCUUUUUGUCUGCAGUGUUACCUGAAAGAAUCACUUAUUUUGUACUGGAUCCCAUUUAUACGAUUCAAGGGUGAGGUUAUGAAAAAUUAAAGUACUAUAAAGAUAAACUCUCUUGAGUAACUAUACAUGUAUGAAGUUCAUUCACUUGGCCUCUUACUCAUCCAGUGCUUUUUGACGAACCCUGAAAACUGCAAAGGACCAAAGUGCCUAAUAAAAUUGUGUCUCUCUUCUUUGCUCCAGUUAAUCUUAAUUAUUUUGCUUUAUUUGGUAGUUAACAGAGGGUUCCAUUGCUGGAAUGCAUUUGGCCUAAAAGCAAGCACUGAAGAGUCUGAUAAGAAGACACUGCCAUUGUUUCUAACGGGUAGAUGGCGGCAGCAGGCGUCCCCUCCCCGGUGGCAGGAGUCUCUGGCACUGUGUACUGUGGGCACAGCUGAAUGAAGGACGUGUGUCCUACACUUGGGGGGGGGGUGCUGCUUAGAGGUGACCACAAAUUCGUGAAGUAUUUUUGGCAAGUGAAAAAAACAACACGUUCCGUAGGACAUCAUAGUUUAAUUAUCUGGACAGAAGAGUGGGCAUUUCUUCCAAGAGUUUGGUGUGGUCUUCUUAGCACCUUGUCGUGCAUUUGCUAUAAAACUGGGAUUCCUAAGCUCCGGCCUCCGGAAGGUGGGUGGGGGGAUGGUCAUCACUGUCCAGCCCAGGGCUCUUAGAAAGCCGGCCUCAUCCUCCCUCCAUGUUGGGUGUGUUACACUGGAAAGGAAUUGUUUUAGGUGUAGUCUUCAUCCCUUCUCAGUAUAUUUCUGCUUGUAAAUUUUAUUCGGGGCUGAUUUCAUGGCGCAUGUUUAGGAGGAGUUGCUUUGCCUUUGUUUUUUCAGUGAUUUUGCUUUACUUAGCCCAUUGCGUAUUCACGGACUUACACCGAACUGGCCGCACAUCCUUUUCCUGUGUGUCUCAGCCUGACAGACUGUGAUUCAGAGCUAGUCCCCAGCACUCAGACAUUUUAACAUUUGAAUGCCAGUUGAGGAUUCCACAGUUUCUCAAGCCAUGUGAAUGAAGUCGGAGUUUCCCAUUGAAUGCUGAGGGCUCAGCAGAAUUUGCCAGUUGGUCAUUUCCUGGAGCACAAGACAUUGUGCCAGUCGGGGUGUAAAAAAGACCCGUGUUCCAAAUCCUCCUCUUAGGACAGGGCAGCAGAGGACACCGGGCAUACCGCCCAUCUUUAGAUUGUCCCGGGACAGCUGUCAACCCAGUGGACCCUACCCUUUGUUGGGCUCACCUCACAUGGUCAGUGGCCAGAGCCCACCUGCAUGUUGUGGGACUGGAGUUAGAUCUCUUGCUGAGGGCUCAUUUCCACCUGCUGUAAGAGGGAGGAAAGACCAGGAAAGAGAUAGCCGUCUUUGGUCUUUGUAAAUUUCGAGGUGUUCUUAACAUUCUUCAAUGCUUCUUUUAGAGCAGCUUAACAAAAUACUGUGUUCCCGUUAAACACUUAAAGAUGGAGCAACAUGAGAUAUACCGGACCAUGUUUUCCUGUUGGCCACCGUGAUGCUAAGUUUUCACAUACCUGUCUCUGCCACAGACCACUCCAAAGAGACCUGCUCGUGGUCCUUCCCAGCCUCUCUCGAGUAGGAUACCCAAGUUCCUGUGCACCUUCAGAGUCCUUCUGUUGUUGUUCAUAACGACAUUUGUUGAACAGUCUACGUACUGUUCCGUUAACACAGUCAGGUCAUGUCAGGUGAUGUUGCCAUUCAUCUUCAGUUUCCUUGUUUUCUAGGAGCUUCCUGUAUGUAGAAAAGCCCCCCAGACAAAGCAAACCUUAAUUGACUAAAUAAAGAUAUUGCAUGCUCAACUUAGGAUAAGCACUACGGCCAAGGAUACGAGAUCUACCACGCUUGCAAGACCAGUUGAAGCUGACUCAAAUAUCCUCACACACGACUGACUGUCGGCAGGCUUCUUGCUGCCCCGGUUAGGGUCGGGUCUCCGUUGCUUUGCCAGAGCCCAGCGCGUGCACUGGGCUCCCAGACAAUCGGGGUACAAGGAGGAGGGCAUGUCGCCACGGCGCUGGGGGCUCAGAUCUGAGCGCAGCCCUGGGUCUUGGCACACAGGAGAGAAAGGAAUGAUUGGAACUUAACCUUGCAGAGCAAGUUCUGGUUUAUGAGUAGUACUCUGUAGAUUUCAGGGACAACAAAUUCUGAUGCACUCAUUCUAAAAUGCUUCGGUCACACACCAGCUCUUGAUGCCUUUCUUUUAAAUGAGUUAUAUACAGAGAGGCAUUUAGCUUCUCUCAGCUUGUUUGUUCUUUUUCUGUUUUUUUUUUUUUUUUUUUAAUAUAUAUCACAAGCAGAUUGCCAGCAUAAUGGAGAGGAAACCGGAUUGGAUAUGGAUUUUUUUUUUUUUUUUAAAAUGCUUCUUCCAGUGUCAUGUUCAUAUAUCCAGAUGGACAUUAUCCUCUCAGAUGAUUAUCUGGCACUAAUUUAUAACUAUUAUAUUAUUGGAGACUAUGUAGCAAUAUAUAUGCAGCCAGGAUGCACCCCAGGCCUCUACAGAUGUAUGUCUACAUGUAAGUAUAAAUGAAUUUACAUGCCAGGUUUUACACUUCCGUCUCUAAAAGAGAGCAAAAAAUCCACAAAUUGGCCUCGUCCUGAGUGGAUGUGUAAGUGUUGUUUCUCUGUGCGUUCUAUGCCUUCCCCUUAAUUGAUGACUGAGGUGGUGGAAAAUGGCUUUUAUUCAUGUUGUUUUUUGUUCUCAACUUUAAAAGUAAUCUACCUCUGAAAAUGUGUAGUUUGAUGCUUGUUUGGUGAAUUUGUGCCACUUUAACCCUUUCGCGACCAUUCCCAUUUUGUUACGUUUCUGUUAUGGGGACUUUUAUGUUGAAAUUUUGUACAAAGCAUUUGUAGCAGUUUAAAAAUAAAAUAUUUAAAAUUAUUUAAAUUGUUUUGGACACUUCAAUUGUAUUAUAUGUGAUUUACAUUUUACAUUUUUGUUGGAGUUGUUAAUCUGGAGAGUGUUUUUGUAUUGAAGUUUGCUGUUAGUUAUUUUAUUCUUUCUUGUUGGAGAGUGAUAUAAAAGACUAUUCUAAUGAAAACAUUAAAAUUUACAAUUUGACAUACAAAAGGGGUUGUCCGUUGAUUUUAACCAAUGUAGCUUUGAGAGAGAGAGAGAGAGGGAGGGGGGUUCAUUACAGACAGGUGUGCCCUUUGCUCUUCUUCCCCUUCUGGUAUGAAAGAAAUCAUCAGAGCUUGUCAGAUGUCUAAGAAGUGUUUUUAUGCUAUUGCUAGCAAGCACUUAAUAACUAGAGGGAAUUCAAGUGAUACGUUUUAUAUAAUUGUAACCAAUAAAAACACUUUCUAAA